AUGACCACAAUCCGCCUCAUUUCAGAGAAUGCCAAAGGGCUUAACACCCCAGAAAAGAGAUCUCUGGCUUUGACAGAUUUCCAUAGACAGAAAGCGGAGAUUGUCUUUAUACAAGAGACACACUUCUGUAAAGAUUCUGCUCCAACGCUACGAAACCGCAGAUACCCGACAGGUUACUUUAGCCACUUCACAGGGGCAAAAGCCAGGGGAGUGGGGAUAUUAAUGGGAAGCCAAGUCCCCUUCACAUUUAAUAAGCAGGAGACUGACAAAGCCGGUCGUUACAUAUUUGUCUCAGGGACCAUAG